CGGCCGCCGCACGCCCAACCCGCGGCUCGGGAGGUGGCUGAGGAGUGAAUUUUCUGGAAGGCGACUUUAAAGGCGCCGGGCCGGAGCGAAGGGCGUCUCGGUGCCGCCGCCCGGGCCUGGGAGGGGCGCAUUAGCGACAGGAAGCGAGCUGCGCCGAGGUCUUCGCGGAACCAGCUGGUGACCUCGCAGGAUGAACCACAAGAGCAAGAAGCGCAUCCGCGAGGCCAAGCGCAGUGCGCGGCCGGAGCUCAAGGACUCGCUGGACUGGACGCGGCACAACUACUACGAGAGCUUCUCGCUGAGCCCCGCGGCCGUGGCGGAUAACGUGGAGAGGGCGGACGCUUUACAGCUGUCGGUGGAAGAAUUUGUCGAGCGGUACGAAAGACCUUACAAGCCCGUGGUCCUGCUGAAUGCCCAAGAGGGCUGGUCUGCGCAGGAGAAAUGGACUCUGGAGCGCCUGAAAAGGAAGUACCGCAACCAGAAGUUCAAGUGUGGCGAGGAUAACGAUGGCUACUCGGUCAAGAUGAAGAUGAAGUACUACAUCGAGUACAUGGAGAGCACCCGGGAUGACAGCCCCCUCUACAUCUUUGACAGCAGCUAUGGUGAACACCCCAAAAGAAGAAAACUUUUGGAAGACUAUAAGGUGCCCAAGUUUUUCACUGAUGACCUUUUCCAGUAUGCAGGAGAGAAGCGCAGGCCGCCCUACAGGUGGUUUGUGAUGGGGCCACCGCGUUCUGGAACUGGGAUUCACAUUGACCCUCUGGGAACCAGUGCCUGGAAUGCCUUGGUUCAGGGCCACAAGCGCUGGUGCCUGUUCCCAACAAGUACUCCCCGAGAACUCAUCAAGGUGACCCGAGAAGAAGGAGGGAACCAGCAAGACGAAGCAAUUACCUGGUUUAAUGUUAUUUAUCCCCGAACACAGCUUUCAACCUGGCCACCUGAAUUCAAACCUCUGGAAAUCUUACAAAAACCAGGAGAGACUGUCUUUGUACCAGGAGGCUGGUGGCAUGUUGUUCUCAAUCUUGACACCACCAUUGCUAUCACCCAGAAUUUUGCCAGCAGCACCAACUUCCCUGUUGUGUGGCACAAGACGGUAAGAGGGAGGCCAAAGUUAUCAAGGAAAUGGUAUAGGAUCUUGAAGCAGGAGCACCCUGAGCUGGCAGUCCUGGCAGAUGCGGUUGACCUCCAGGAGUCCACAGGCAUCGCUUCCGACAGCUCCAGCGACUCUUCCAGCUCCUCCAGCUCCAGCUCCUCUGACUCAGACUCAGAGUGUGAGUCUGGGUCUGAAGGUGAGGGGACAGUGCACCGCAGGAAGAAGAGGAGGACGUGCAACAUGGUGGGAAACGGGGACACCACCUCACAGGACGACUGCGUGAGCAAGGAGCGCAGCUCUUCCAGGAUUAGGGACACUUGUGGAGGCCGGGCUCAUCCCUGAGCAGAUAGAGACACGCUCCUUGAGGUGGCUCCUGUGUACACUGGUGGCUGCCACCCCGCUCAGUUCUCACGUCUUCUGCUCCUACCUUCUCCUCUGUCUUCUUUGAAUUUGGAUCUUCCUUCUCUGGUCUGAGCUCCUGUCUUCAGCCGAAUGCUGGUUUUACUGCUUCUCAAGACUAGAUUGUCAAGAAGUCAGAAAGCUCUGCCAGCUCCGUGACACGCUGGAGCUGCCGUGCUGUUGGGAAGAAUUCCUGGGUUGUCCUGAUCAGAACCACGAUCGCCACAGGCCAGAGGGGUGCGGUUCACUCAGCGUCUUACUGUGUCUGUCACCUCACUGCUGUUGGUAAGGAACUGCUGCCUUUGUACAAGCAGAGACACUAAGAGUGGCAAGUGGAUGUUGACCCACCUGUGUGUGAACCUGUCGUGUGUAAAAAGUACUGUUGAGUGUGUGCUGUCUUCCUGGAUGUCACCACUGGUCCAGAGACCUUCAGGGGCAGUGACCCAGCCACGUGCCCAACACCGCCGCCCCUGCUCAGUCCUGCUGUAGGAUUCCUCAUCUUUCUCCAGAAGGCUCUCAAGUUCAGGCAUUUUUGUACGGUGUGUUGCAGGGGUGGGCACAUUCAUGUCUUCUGUUUGUGCAGACUGGGAAAGGUGUUGAUUGUGUUUUUGUCUUAGAACUUGAAUUAUAAAUAGGCCAGGUUCUAAUCCAUGGGUUCCAUUCUUCCCCUAGUGUGACCCACGAGCAAGAAGCUCCCACUCUGUAAGGGUCUUCAUGUCUGGUGUCCCCUUUAUUUGACCUGCAGACAUCAAGUGGGCAAUUUAUGUUACAUUCAGGAAAGAAAUUUUGGAAAUGGUGCUUCUAGUCUUUGGGAUCUGUGGAUACUUCUGAAUAGCUCUGGUGGAGUAUUUGGGAUCAACCAGCAGGUUUCCCUUCUUGCCCUCUAGAUUCACCUGCUUGCCUUAAUCUGUUCCUGAAGCCAAGUGAAUUUAAAUCAGAAUAGCAGGGGUUUUCAAGGCCUUGCCCAGUCACACAGUCAGAGGCACCACACUGUUUUGCUGGAGUUUGGGUGAGAGGCGCCCAGGCAGAAAUGUUGGAAUGGUGUGGUGCUGCCUCUCAGAAUCCCCUAAAACAGGAAUGAUCAGAGGACCCAGACAGUACACUCUUAGCAUAUGGCUGUCAUUUCCUGCCUCUAUGUCCUGUGGCUUUACCUAGGACGCUGGUCCUCUGGUUUCUCUUGGUACCAGGUUUCUGCAUCUUGAAAUGCCAAUGCAAGUUCACCCUGGGCUGGUGGGAGAGCCUUUCUCUUCCUCUGGGGCAACACGGUGGCUGCAGGUGUCUCCUGGCUUCCCUUCCAGCAGCAGCUCCCUGUUCUCCCACAGUGGGCAGGACAUAUUCAGGCGUGGGUCAACCCUGCACGGGUAAUCCCGUAAUCCCCGUAGAAAUAUCUGAAUGGUGUUCCUCCUCCUGCUUUUUUAUUUAUUUAUUUUUAAUAGUCUUAUCAUCUUCCAAAAGCUUUUUCUUUUCCCCAGCAUUGCUACUGGGCUUUCUGCUUGUCCUGUAUCAAGUGCUCCCCUUUAAACUUCAGUUUAAAACAAAAAACACCCAAAGGGGGCCCUUUGCCACCAGCAGCAUGGAGGGACACGUUGCCAGUGGCCUGGGAAAUGGGGCAGGAAUUGGAAAGGGAAAGAUCAUGUACUCACCUAUUUCUCCAGAUACCAAAGUUGACUCCUGGUUACUAAACACCACCAGGAAUGAGGGACCUGGCCACCGUCACCUCUCCUGAAAGUGUUUGGGUGGUACAGAUUAUGUGCUGCUGUUCGACUCUCGCCAGCCCACGGAGAGCUGCAGAGCGUGUUUUAUUGGUUGUAGCCAGCCAGGCGCUCUGUUGUGGUAGCAGAGCAGGAGCCAGGAGGAGAACCCUGUGGAGUGGUGAGCAGGUGAGGGAGGGCUCACCUGUCAGUAUUCCCUAGUCCUUGAAUGGUGUCAGCAGGAAGGAAGGAGAAGAUGGCUGCAUCCCGUGGCCAUUUCCAGGGGUUGUUCUCCAAGACAGUGGGUCCUGGGAGAAGGAAUUUCACACCAGUGACCACCUGAUAGGGAGGAGAUGGGUAGGAGCAACAGGAGUAGAGGCACAGACACCUCGAGGGCCUUGGGUCCGGGAGAAUCCAGUGCUGCGCAGGUCCCCAGAGUGGUCCUGGGAUGUUCAUGGCUGCCCUUGAAGGGAGGGCUGCUGAAGCUGGGGCACUGUUCACAUCUCGUUCUACGUGGCUGCCCACUUCUUCAGUAAUUCAAAUGCUCAGCAGAUCUGGUGCUGGGACAAGCCUGGGCCCCUGACCUUAGUGGACAGUGACUGUGUGUUCACCAGGGUGGCUGGUCAGGGCAGGGAGACCCAGCGGGUCUCAUUAGCACCAGCCUGUCUCAUUAACACAACUAGAAAAGCAAGUGUCUGCCUCGCUGAAUGCAGGUUCGUUAGCUCUUUGUGAGGGACCUCAGCUAGCUAGCGUUAUGCCGGCACCUGAGUCCGCCCACGGCUUCUCUGUGGAGUGGCUUAAGGUCUCUAAGGGUGGGCAGGGGAAGGUGCUGGUGCAAGUGCUUUAUAAACUUAGUCUCGGCCUUGAGCCAAGGACUUUGGACCAGAGUGUGGGAUGGAACAGAACCUUGCACUGUGGUAAAAAGUACUGUGUGGCAAGUAACAGGUGCGUGUGGCUGUGGGUUCUUCAGGCUGUGUGUAGCUUUCCCAGAGAAGUGGUUUUGAUGUGUAAUGCUCUGGCUCCUCCUGCCCAUCCCUUCCUGUCUUUUGUGAAGAUGUUACAUCAUGUUACAUUGUUUUCAGCAAAACUAGAUGAAAUGGGCCCCUAGGUGGUGGCUCUCAACUUUGUCUCCCUGUAAGUUCAAACCCUUGAAUCCUAGCCCCUGCAAAUCUCCCUGGUGGAGAACUGGCCCUGGCCUUCGGGUGACAGGAAACCACAGAAGAACUGGGCUGCCUCCAGAACCCUGAGCCACCCCUGGUUCUGCUCCCUCUCACUGUGGGCCUGCCAUGGAAUGCCCAAGGGUCUGCCAUUGGAUUGGUAUUUUUAAUUUUCACUGGGAUGAAAUUUGUUCAUCAUUUUAAAUAAAGCAACUGGAUUUGGA